ACAAAACAAAAACCCGUUGAGAGCCUCUGGCCGUAAAUUGUUUUAUGCUUACGUCCAGUUGAAAAUGCUUUUAAAGUGUGAGACAGAGGAUAAGUAAUUAUGUACCAUGUUUAUUCUUCAUUAACCCAUUAAAAAUUACUGUUUAUGCUUCUGGGAAACAUUUUGUGUUAGCCAGAAAAAUAUCGCGAAAUUAAGUACCUCAGAGUAACCAUUGAGGCCAUACCAUCAAGUGUACCGAGAAAAAUGUUCGUACCGUCAUCAACGCGGUAACCUGACAUCCGCUCACAACCUCUCCCAUACCCCAAUGGCUCACACAAAUUACGAGCCACGCGCGUGCAGUCUCGCAGAGCGCACGUGCAUUGAGAGACGUAGCGUCGCGAGGAUAACCGCGCGCUCUUAGGAAUUCUUACUGCUCAGCAAAGAUCCAUGACAGUCCCAGGGAACCGUGGGAGGGGUUGGACAACCGUUCUCCAUCCAGCUUGGGGAGUCUGUCGGUAACUCUUACGUGCCUGCCGCAUCUUCUUCACUUUAAUGCCCGUCUUUUUCCUUUAAAAAAUAAAAUACCUUUCCUCUUUUUAAAAGAUUGUCUUUAGGGACUUCUUUUCUCUCUGAGGGGAUUUUUGUGCGCCGUAUAACUGGAUUUUUCCGGCAAACCAAUUUUUUCGUCGUUCACAUCACACCUAAAAACUAUUACUUGGAUUAAAUUGCUUGUGGUGAUUCAUCUCAAUUCGAGGAUCAUGGAUCUUACUUGGGCACAAACAAGUAAAGAAGUACAUAGCUGCGUGCGUCAAUGCAUCACACCAUACGAGCUUCCUUUUAACGGAUGAACACUAACAGUGGAUAAUUACAUCACAGUUGUUUGGGUGGAUUCCUCUUCCUGCGCCUGCCCCACUUGGUAUUUCAGCCGGAGAUCUAAGUUGAGAUUCCCCGCUGUGCUCCGGUUGGAGUUUUCAAACAUCUGAGCUACUUUCCAGGUGAUCUGUUCCUCGUCCUGACGUCAGUCCACCCCGGGUACGGAUCUCAAGCCAGAGUCUGUGCGAAUAAAAAAGCAAUAUGGCGAAUAACUAACCUUGGUAAUCUGGACUGGCCGAGCUCCCUGGAGGAGCCUGCAAGCCUUCGCCGAUACACACCGUCGGCUCUGAUGAAUCUGUGUCAGUCAACAGCCCUCAACCAUAACUUCUACUCUACCUGGCCCCUGUAUCCGUCUCGAACACAAGCCCCAGAGCUUGUAAACUUGCACACUCUUCAACAACACCAGCACCACUCGUCCUCGCUCCCUGACUCCACCUCCGCCCCGCCCACAACCGCGUCCGUCGCCAUGGUGACGUGUGACGUACAGGCCAUUCGCUCCGCCCAGUCGUCUGUUGUGACGCAGAACAUUGUGCUCACAGUGCUGGUCCUUACGCUGUUUGUGGUAAGCAAGUCUUAUUUCAACCGCGUGCGACGGCGGAUGGCGAGAUGCACCGUGUUUGUUAUAGGUGCCGGUCCCACAGGUCUGACGUCAGCACUCCUGGCCUGUCAGAGCCCUCAUGUGUCACGUGUUGUGGUCUACGAGGAGAUGCCGAGGGCGGAUCUGCUGCAGAAAGGUCACCAG